AUGUGGACGAAGUUGGUCCUUGCCAGCAUUGCUGCGCUUUGCGGCGCCCAGUCAACAUUCUCACCACUGCGUCCACCAUCAUUGCCUCUCGCCGUGCGAAGCCCUUACAUGAGCACAUGGCAACAGGCGGGCAGCAAUGGAGGCAACGGGGGAUAUCUUGCUGGGCAAUGGCCUACCUUUUGGGCUGGUCAAAUUACAGGUUGGACGGGAUACAUCAGAGUCGACAACAUUACCUACACCUGGAUGGGUGCACCCAACGUGACUGGCCAGACCAAUUACUACGUUGUUCAGACCGGAUAUGAAUACACGCCAACCUCCAGUAUCUUCACUCUCGAUGUUGCAGGCCAAGUGGAGUUGACUGCAACGUUCUUGAGCCCAGUCCUUCCAGAAUCGCUCUUGCAGAUGUCUCUGCCAUACUCAUACUUGACCACAUCCGUACGAAGCUUGGACGGCAGACGACACAAUGUUCAACUCUAUACCGAUAUCAGUGCAGAAUGGGUUUCAGGAGUUCGUGACUCUGUUGCACAGUGGAGUUAUGGCACUUCGGAUUCGAACGUACAACCAAAUGCGGUAGAGGCUGUUCAAGAGGCAGCCGCACCAGCACCUGGCCCUCUCACCACGUACGCCACACAUACCCAGUAUCAACUGAAAGGAGCACCCACCCACACUGGCGCGAUGGUCCAUGCUUCCAGUCAAGGAGUUCGUCCCAGCGGUGUUGCUGAGCCUCCGCUCAACGCAACAACACACACCAAUGCCGAAGCAAUGGUGAACGCAAGAGCCGGUGGUGUGGCGUAUCACAGAGUCUGGCGCCAAACGCAGCUUGAGUUCACCGACUUGGGAACCGAGCAGGCCGAAUGGGGUUACUGGUACUACGCAACCGACAACACGAGGAACCUCACCCAUCAGCAGGGGUCUGAUAUUUCUGUGCGCACUCAAUUCAUCCGAGACGGCUUCUUGGCCAAUACCCAGGACACCAACUACCGACCGAUCAACCAGAACUACCCUGUCUUCGGCUUUGCCCACAAUAUGGGCGUCAUUGGCAAGAACGGGCAGAAGAAUCAUACGUUCCAGCUCAGUCUGCAUCAGCAGAACUGCAUCUUGUUUGAGGAGGCAGCUGGAAAUACGUCGGUGCCUUGUCUCUGGACGAGCUACUUCAACCAGGAGACGGACGCCGUGGAGUACUUCUACAAUCAGUACUCGAACAUCUCGGCGGCGUCAGAAGCUUUCGACAGCAAGGUCGAGGCAGACUCGAAGGCGUCUGGAGGUGACGACUACUAUGCUCUUACGGCCUUGGCUACUCGUCAAGCUUUCGGCGCCUUGGAGUACACCAACAAGCCAAGCCAGCCGUGGAUCUUCUUGAAGGAGAUUUCGUCCGAUGGAGACAUUCAAACUGUCGAUGUCAUUUUCCCAUUCUUCCCGAUUAUAAUUUACACUAACCCGAAGCUUCUGAAGUACCUGCUGGAUCCGCUGUUCAUCAACCAGGAAGCUGGCUACUGGCCGUAUGCUUUCUCCAUUCACGACUUGGGCCACUUCCCCAACGCCACGGGCUACAACAACCUGCAAGUAAACGUCGAACAACAACCUGUGGAAGAAUGCGGCAACAUGCUCAUCAUGGCCCUCGCCUACGCUCAGCGAACCGGCGACAAUGCUUACCUCGCCCAGCACUACAGCAUCCUCCGCCAAUGGAACGAAUACCUCGUCAACGACUCCCUUAUCCCAGAAAGCCAGCUCAGCACGGACGACUUCCUCGGCGCCGUCCAAAACGACACCAACCUCGCCCUGAAGGGCAUCGUCGGCAUCGAAGCCAUGGCCCAAAUCGCCAACCGCACCGGCCACACCACCGACGGCGUCAACUACACCGGCAUCGCCCACAGCUACAUCAAGAAAUGGCAGAACUACGGCGUCAACUUCCAAGCCACCCCACCGCAUUCCGAGACGCAGUACGGCAACACCACGACCUACAGCCUGCUCUACAACCUCUACGGCGACGCCCUGCUCGGCCUCCAGCUCGUCCCCAAGCGCAUCUACAACAUCCAAUCCAACUUCUACCCGACCGUCUUCCAGCGCUACGGCGUGCCUCUUCGAUCAAGUUUCACGGCCACCAAAGCCGACUGGGAACUCUGGUGCGCGGCCAUCGCAUCGGCGAGCACAAAGAACCAGUUCAUCAGUAUCAUUACGACGUAUUUGGACCAGACUCCGUCACAAUAUCCCUUUUCGGAUUUGUAUGAUACGGGCACCGGGGAGCAGUAUUUCAGUGGGGCGAGUUUCGUCAAUAGGCCUGUGGUUGGGGGCAUCUUUGCGCCUUUGGCGUUGGAGGGCGCGCCGACGAGUGGGACUGUGACGCCGAUUAGUUUGGCCAAGGCGCCGUCGAAGGAGUGA